AUAGUGCAUUGGCAGUGCAUGCGUCAGCUUUUGCUGUCAACACCUUGCGUGGUCCUUGUUGCCGUAAGCGCAGCUUUCCAAGUGUCCUUCUCCCCUGCUGCACUAUCUACCUCUUAUUGCAAUAGCAUGAGCGAAUCUGCUCCUGAAGUCAGCCCGCCCUCGUGCACUCGUGACGCAAAAAAGCAUUGCCUUCCGUGCGAAGGAGGACUUCCAGCGUUGUCGAUCGAGCGCGUGCAAGCCGUCCUCCCCUCACUCCCUUUGUGGCGUCUAAGUAAAGAUCAUAAGCGACUCUCUCGUUCUUUCACGGCCAAAAAUUUCGCCGCUGCCCUCGCUUUUAUAGAUGCAGUAGGAGCUGUCGCUGAGUGCGAAGGCCACCACCCAGACUUACACCUGACGAGCUACAGGGAAGUAGAAGUGGUCUUGUACACACACGCGGUAGGAGGUUUGACCGAGAACGAUCUGAUUAUGGCUGCAUUGAUCGAUACAAUACCUGCCUCAUACAGCCCCAAAUGGCUGAAAGAACAUCCGGAGGCUGGAAAAAGUGCAGCACGAUAGAGCAUGUGAAGAAAAAAUGAAAGGAUUUUGGAUGAGGUAUGUAUGGAUGGAAAAGGUAGACUUGAAAAGGGCAAUGAGCAAAAGAAAUGGGUAUAAGAGAACUCCGGUCCCGCAGCCGAAUUUCAAAAUGAGAUGUCGUAUAAGAUUGUCUUAGAAAAUGUGAUAGCGAUGUAUACGCUGCGUUUCUGUCCUGUUGCUUUACAUGCUCUGUACAACUUCCCCAUCACUCCCCAUUAAAAAUGGAAGCAUCAGAGACCCCUACAUUC